CCUUAAAUUGGAAUGUGAGAAACUGGCAAGUGAAAAGACAGAAAUGCAGAGACACUAUGUGAUGUAUUAUGAAAUGUCGUAUGGAUUAAACAUUGAAAUGCACAAACAGACAGAAAUCGCCAAGAGAUUGAAUACAAUUUGUGCACAAGUCAUCCCAUUUUUGUCUCAGGAACAUCAGCAACAAGUGGCCCAAGCUGUAGAACGUGCCAAACAAGUGACCAUGGCUGAACUGAAUGCCAUCAUCGGGCAGCAGCAGUUGCAGGCUCAGCAUCUCUCCCAUGGCCAUGGACCUCCAGUGCCUCUAACACCGCAUCCAUCAGGACUCCAGCCUCCAGGAAUCCCUCCACUUGGAAGCAGUGCUGGCCUUCUUGCCCUUUCUAGUGCUUUGGGUGGGCAGUCUCACUUGGCAAUAAAAGAUGACAAGAAGCAUCACGAUGCAGAACACCACAGAGACAGAGAGCCGGGCACAAGUAAUUCUCUGUUGGUCCCGGACAGUCUACGAAGCACAGAUAAACGCAGGAAUGGCCCUGAAUAUACCAAUGACAUCAAAAAGAGAAAGGUGGAUGAUAAGGAUUCCAGCCACUAUGACAGUGAUGGGGACAAGAGUGACGAUAACUUGGUUGUAGAUGUAUCCAAUGAGGAUCCUUCUUCCCCAAGGGCAAGUCCCACUCAUUCACCACGUGAAAAUGGCAUAGAUAAAACCCGCCUGCUGAAGAAAGACGCCUCCAGCAGUCCAGCAUCUACGGCCUCUUCAGGAAGUUCCACUUCCCUCAAGUCCAAAGAAAUGAGUCUGCAUGAAAAAGCCAGCACGCCUGUUCUGAAAUCCAGCACACCAACUCCUCGAAGUGAUGUGCCAACUCCAGGCACUAGUGCUACUCCAGGACUUCGUCCAGGCCUUGGCAAGCCUCCAGCAAUGGACCCUCUGGUUAACCAAGCUGCUGCAGGUUUGCGGACACCGUUGGCAGUACCAGGACCGUACCCUGCUCCAUUUGGAAUGGUACCUCACGCUGGCAUGAACGGAGAGUUAACCAGUCCCGGGGCAGCCUAUGCCAGUCUGCACAAUAUGUCACCCCAGAUGAGUGCUGCUGCUGCUGCAGCUGCUGUGGUUGCCUAUGGAAGAUCUCCUAUGGUUGGGUUUGAUCCUCCUCCUCACAUGAGAGUACCUGGAAUCCCGCCAAAUCUAGCAGGGAUUCCUGGGGGAAAACCAGCCUACUCCUUUCACGUUACUGCAGAUGGUCAGAUGCAGCCGGUUCCUUUCCCUCCUGACGCCCUCAUCGGUCCGGGAAUCCCUCGCCAUGCCCGUCAGAUCAACACUCUGAACCACGGGGAAGUUGUGUGUGCAGUUACCAUCAGCAACCCCACAAGACAUGUGUACACGGGCGGGAAGGGGUGCGUCAAAGUCUGGGACAUCAGCCAGCCUGGCAACAAGAGCCCUGUCUCUCAGCUGGACUGCCUGAACAGAGAUAACUACAUCCGCUCUUGUAAAUUGCUGCCUGAUGGAUGCACCCUAAUAGUUGGUGGGGAAGCCAGCACAUUAUCCAUAUGGGACCUGGCAGCACCAACUCCUCGUAUAAAAGCAGAGCUGACAUCCUCAGCCCCUGCCUGCUACGCUCUGGCUAUCAGCCCUGAUUCCAAGGUGUGCUUCUCCUGCUGCAGUGAUGGGAACAUCGCAGUGUGGGAUCUGCACAAUCAGACGUUGGUCAGGCAAUUCCAGGGCCACACAGACGGAGCCAGCUGUAUUGACAUUUCUAAUGAUGGUACCAAGCUCUGGACAGGAGGUUUGGAUAACACUGUCAGAUCCUGGGACUUGAGAGAGGGGAGACAGCUACAACAGCACGACUUCACAUCACAGAUAUUUUCCCUUGGUUAUUGUCCUACUGGUGAAUGGCUAGCUGUGGGAAUGGAGAGCAGCAACGUAGAAGUGCUACAUGUAAAUAAACCAGACAAAUAUCAACUACACCUUCAUGAGAGUUGUGUAUUGUCACUCAAGUUUGCUUACUGUGGUAAAUGGUUUGUGAGUACUGGGAAAGAUAACCUUCUUAAUGCAUGGAGAACUCCUUACGGAGCCAGUAUCUUCCAGUCCAAAGAAUCUUCGUCAGUGCUUAGCUGUGACAUCUCUGUGGAUGAUAAGUACAUAGUCACUGGCUCUGGAGACAAAAAGGCUACAGUCUAUGAAGUUAUCUACUGAAAAAUAUGAUGGGGAUAUAACUUUUAGAAGUUGAACUGGGCCAAAAUUGGUCUUAAUUGUAGAAGUAGAAAGGUUUUGCCUUUUAAAAAGGAACAAAAGUAUUGAGGUUCCAGACCUUGCCAUGAAACUACUCCAAUUUUUCAAAAUAGAAGGCAACAUCCAGCAACUAAAUAUUGGCUACGUGGACCAAAUGGAUCACAGAGGCAAGAUGGACAGAUGUAGCCUAGGUUUUUGACAUAGUUUUUAAAAGCCGAGUCUACUGAAGAAUGUUGGAGCCUUUUAUUUUUUGCUUUCUUUGUGACCUCAUGCAAAUUGUUCUCAUUGCCUGAAUAUGGGGGAUAAAUACCUUUCUGUUCCUUGCAGUUCAAGUUGCAUUCUGUCCUGUGUAGAGCAGUGGUGUCUCAGAUGAACUUGUUUCCUGGUUUUGCAUAGUGUGAUAUGUUUUUGUAUUUUUGUUGAAGGUCAAACAUUUGUAUAAAUUGUAAAUAUAUUUAGUUUAUUACAGUAAAGGCUUUAGUACCAACAACCAGUCUUUCCCCACCCCACCCCCCACCCGCCCUGCUUAUUUAAAAUUAAAAACCUUUUGGGGAUAUAAGUACCUUUUUAGAAGCAAAAGCAAACACUAUGUAUAGUUUGAAAAUGGUGUCUUAUUCUUUAUAACUCCUCCUAGAUUCCUUUAUCAUACUUCAAA